UCUCUCCCCGACCGCCGGAUUUUUUGACAGCUGAUCUGAGGCAGAGAGCCGGGACCUGUCAGUCUAGUGGCUGAAGAAUGUCAUCGCCUCGCCGAGAGCUGGGUGGCGGUAGACAUGACAGGCGGGACGGAGAUCAUUAUACCGGACUCAGGAGCAGUGUUCACCUUUGGGAAGAGCAAGCUGAGGGAGAAUGUGCCCAGUCGUUUCUGGCUGAAGAGUGAUGUCCCUGCACGCAUCUCCUGUGGUGACGCACAUUCCGUCCUGGUGACGGCACAGGGACGCCUGUACGUGUUUGGCAGUAACUCCAGCGGUCAGCUUGGCUUGGAGACAAAAGGAGCUUUAAGUAAACCUACAAGUGUGAAAGCUCUGAGGUCUGAGAGAGUGGAGUUGGUCGCCUGUGGAAGGAAUCACACCAUCAUCAGCACCACCCGAGGACAGGUCUACACCACAGGAGGAAACAGGAGCGGGCAGCUGGGCCUUGGUCACCAUGAGAACCGAAGUGCCUUUGAACAGCUGCAGCCCUUCUGUGGGCGUGCACCAAUCAAAAUGCUCGCAGCUGGGAGCAAAACCUCCGCCGCCCUGACAGUCGAUGGCAGGUUGUUCAUGUGGGGUGAUAACUCUGUGGGACAGCUUGGCCUUGGGUCCGUCAGCGAAGCCUUGUUUCCAUGGGAACUGAAACUGGGCCAACCAAUCUCAUGGGUCUCCUGUGGAUUCAAACAUUCCGCCCUUGUCACAGAUGAUGGAGGUUUGUUUACCUUUGGGGAGACUUCCGGUGGGAGGUUAGGCCUGUCCCCUGAUCAGCUGGCCAAUCACAGAGUCCCUCAGCUGGUGAACAUUCCAGAAUGUGCCCAGAAGGUUGCGUGUGGAGGUGCACACACACUGGCCCUGACAGAGGAGGGCCUGUACUCAUUUGGUCGAGGGGAGUGUGGUCAACUGGGUUUAGGGACGUUCAUAUUUCAGGUUGACCUGCCCACAGCUGUCAAUCACACAGGAAGAGGCAGGAUCAGGCACAUUACCUGCGGGGACAACCACACUGCCAUUGUAACAGACAGUGGUCUUCUCUAUACAUUUGGAGAUGGUCGUCAUGGGAAACUAGGCCUUGGAGACGAGAACUUUGCCAACCAGUUCAGUCCAACUCUGUGCCAACGCUUCCUCAACUUCUGCGUGCAGACAGUGGUGUGUGGGGGCAGUCACAUGCUGGUGUUUGCGCGGCCGCGGCCGGAGGAGAUGGAGGUGUGUGUGGAACAGGAUGAGGUCACGCCCCCUUACCUUGAGCCAGCCGUCUCCACCCUGUUGUUGGGACCGCCCCCCGAUGUCUCCUCCAAUCCCGUCACAAUAACCAGCUCUCAGCCCGCCCCUCAGCACAAUAGCCUAUUACCACGAGCCAGGCGCAGAGAGAGGGUGGGAUCAUAUGAAGGUUUCGGCCCAAUCCAGAACGUUCCUCGUCUUACGCCUCAGCCUCUUUCCCUGACCCCCACCGGCCCCAGACCAGAUCCCAGAGCCUCGGAGGAGGAGGGCUCCCCCAAACGAGCCCCCAAAACGCCCCUCAAGCGCACCCCCAGCGCACCCCCUCCCGAUCUGCCCACAGACACCCCCAAACGCAAGGCCGGCACCCCCAAGACUCAGCCUGGUAAGAUAGCGGCCAAACCUGUGGAGAAGAAGCAGGAAGCAGGCACUGAUUCACCUGUACAGAGGCCUCCCAAGGACGUUGCUGAGGAAACGGUAGCCAUGGAUGUGGAAACAGAAGAGCACCUCUCCUCCCCCAAAGCAAAAACUGAGAUUAAACCUGCACAGGUGAAAGGUCAAAGUGCAAAGGUCAUGAAAGGGCCAGUGGAGGUUGUUUCCCUGACAGGGAGAGAAUCAGAGAAACCAAGGGAGAGUCUCAGGAGCAAGAUGUCUGACCACAGCCAAUCACAACAAACAGGGAAGGUCACAGAGGUCAAAUCUGAGGUGAAGUCUGCCACAGCUAGGGUAAAAGAAGCCACAUUGGCCGCUGCUGAAAAAGUCGGGGAAAGGAAGUCUGCCCCACAGGAGGACAGGUCAAGCCCAGAGGAACGCCACAGGGUCAAGUCUUCCUCUCAGAAGGAGAAAGACACCAAGAAAACCCCUGUCAGAGUUCAAAGGGAUGCAAGUAGCUCGUCUGACAAAGAUGAGAGUGUGUCUAAAGAUGAUGUUUCACAUAAGAGUGUCUCAGAAGAUGAUGAGAAAGAGGACUCAGACAAACAAACACUUUUACUGAAGGACAAGAAAAUCAAAGACUCAUUGGCAAAGAGCCAAUCACCAUCCAGAAGAGAAGCCAGCAAAUCAGUGGAAAAGAGGGCCAAGGCAGGCAACCAAUCAACAUCCAGCAACAGGUCUACCCCAGAUAAUAGCCAGUUGCUGUCUAGUCCAUGGUCCACCCCAUCCAAAACAACACCUAAGAUCCCAAAGUCAAGCCAAGGUCAAACUGAUCAAUGGACAGCAAAGGCUGGCAGCCAACCAGCAACCAAGAAAAUCUCUUCUCCAGUGAACAGCCAAUCAUCCUCCAGUCCAUGGGACACUCCAACCAAUAGCCCAUCAAAAUCAAGACGGAGGCCCGCCGCAGGAAAGGGGGGUCAUGAGAGUCCCAAAGAGCCGCCGCUUGUAACAGAAACCGCUCAGACACAGGAGGGUAGUACAACAGGUGGCAUUCUGGGAAAUGUAGUUUCUGCUGUGGCAGGUGUAGGACUGACCGGCUCAGCAGCACUGCUGCAGGAGAUGGUCUCACACACGCCAGACGACACCACACACAGGACUACGACUCCUCAGGACCAAUCAGUAGCCAGUGGCGAACAGGAAGCAACGGAGCAAAGCACCAAUCAGGAUGGAGAAAGCGAGUCAGGAAGGCAGUCCGUUCAGAAGGACGACAGACACAAUGUGGGAGGGCAAGAAAAGAAGGAGGAGAGCGAAGACUGGAGCUUAAGCAUCAGUGAGGGAGAGGAGGAGCAGGGAGAGGUAGAGGAGGAAGGAGAAGUGGAGGAGGAAGAGGAGGAGGAGGAGGAAGAGGGCACUGUGGCAAAACAAAAGCAAAAGGACAAAGACCAAAAGAAACCAAAGAAAAAAGAAAAGAAGUCAAAGAAAGAACAAGAUAUAGACAGUGAAGAGGAAGAGGAGGAGGAGGAGGAGGAAGAGGUAAAGUCUAAACAGAGAACCAAAAAGGGCGUGACAAAAGCAGAAAAAGGGAAAGAACAAAGAAAACCAAAGAAAGAGGCAAAGAAGAAAGAACAGAAGGAAGAGAGUGAAGAGGAAGAGGAAGAGGAAGUGAAACCCAAACAGAGAACCAAAGAACAGGUGCAGAAACAGAAGCAGAGAGGGAAAGACCAAAAGAAAGAUGAAAAGAAACCGAAACAAAUCCAGAAGGAAGAGACUGAUGAGGAUGAUGAAGAUGGUGAUGAUGAGGAUGAUGAAGAGGAGGAGGAGGAAUCAGAAGAGGAAGUGAAGGUAAAACAGACAUCAAAAGGGCUAGCCAAACAAACACAGAAAGAGAAAGGCAAGACUCAAAGGCAAGGAGGCAAAACUGCAAGAAAGCCCCAGAAGGGACGCAAAGAAGAGAGUGGAGAGGAUUCCGAGGAUGAGUCAGAUGAGGAAGAGGAGGAGGAAGAGGAGAAACCUGUGAAACUGAAACCAAGCGUUAAAGAACAACAGAAACCAAAACCCAGCCUGAAGGACAGGAAGAAAACAACGAAGGGAAAGGUAACGGACAGUGAGGAGGAGGAGGAGGAGGAGGAAGAAGAAGAAGAAGAAGAAGAAUCAGAAGAAUCAGAAUCCGAAGAAUCAGAAUCAGAGGAAUCAGAAUCAGAAGAAUCAGAAUCAGAAGAGUCUGAAGAAGAAUCAGAUGAAUCAGAUGAGGAAGAGGAGGAGGAAGAGAAACCUAGGAAGGGAAAGACUAAACCAAAAGCAGCUUCCUCAGGCAAGCAGACAGGUAGACAGAGCAGCAGACAGACAGGUAGACAGACAGGUAAGCCGUCAGGUAAGCCAUCAGGUAAGCCAUCAGGUAAGCCGUCAGGUAAGCCGAGAGCUGCAGGUAAACAGCAGACCAUUAAUGGAGCUCCCAACUCUGAAGGCUUCUGGAAUGAUGUCUUACCUCAGUACUUAGACCUCAGGUAGAAACACCUCAGUACUUAGACCUCAGGUAGACACACCUCAGUACUUAGUGGUGCCGCUUAGCACUUCGGACCUGUAACCGGAGGGUUGCCGGUUCGAACCCCGAUCAGUAGGCUCGGCUGAAGUGCCCUUGAGCAAGAGUAUAUAUACUUACACUUAUAUAUCAACAUGGGGCACAGAAUUAUUGUCUGUCAGCGCUCCUGCGUACAGCCAUGACAUGCUCCCAAAUGUGCAUGGAGGAGCAUACCACUUGUUUUAGACCUCAGGUAAACACACACACACACACACACACACACACACACACACACACACACACACACACA